GAAUUCUGAACCAUGUGCAUGUGUACGUCGUUUGUAGUUCUUAUCACCCCGAAUGCGGAAAAUGAGACGGGUUAGAACACACUGAUUUAAUUUGUGCUCAGUACGGAACUAAACUUCUAAUCACGCGGACGCGGACGGCGAGUCAGCAACUUUUUUUUUGAGUCAGGAUAAGACGAUGGAAGAAUCGGAUAAUUUUACGCUUUCGUUCCACGAUCUUUGUUAUCACAGUUCGAAAAAUGGUGAACAAAUUCUGACAAAUGUUUCCGGAUCCUUCACAUCCGGGAGGCUGACCUGUAUUUUGGGACCGUCUGGUGCAGGAAAAUCAAGCCUUUUGAACGUGUUGAGCGGCCAUCGGAAGGUUGGUGUCACCGGUCAAUUGAGGCUCAACGGAGUUCCGGUUACUUCAAAACAACAACGGAAGCUGAUCUCUUACACCCCUCAGGAAGCAUGUCUCUGGAUGAACUUGACGGUCGAAGAAAGUAUGGCCUUUGCCGCCGAUUUUAAACUGUCCCCGAAAAUUUCCAAGCCCGAAAAGCAGCAGAUCUGUCGGGAACUUCUCGAAGUUAUCGGGCUCGAAAAGUGUUGCCAAACUUUGGUGAAGAAUCUCUCGGGAGGCGAAUUGAAGCGCCUAUCCAUCGGCGUGGAAUUGGUCUCGGAUCCCAAGGUGCUACUGCUGGACGAACCGACCAGUGGACUUGAUACGGUUUCUUCUUAUCAAGUGCUAAGCUACGUUCAACGGCUAACCACGCAGCAAAAUCGUGCGAUCAUUUGCGUGAUCCAUCAACCUGGAUCGAAGCUUUUGCAGUUAUUCCAGGAUAUGUUUAUUCUGACAAGAGGAAGAGAACUCUACUGUGGGCCACUGGAUCAAAUGAUUGAAACAUUCAAGACAGCCCAGCUCGAAUGUCCGUUAUCGCACAAUCCUGCUGACUUUGCACUGGAAGUGGCCAGUUUAGAUUUUGAAGAUGAACGGCUGCAGAUGCUAAUGGAAUUGCAAAAUAACAACAACAAAAGUUAUUUCGUAGAAGCAAUAGAGACAUCUCGGGGAGCCAUCAUUGAAGAACAACAAUCCUUUAUGCUUAGUUCGUGGCAACAGCUUGGAGUUUUGCUGAGACGUUCCUUUCGGUGUGCCUUACGAGAUUCGUACAACUUGAAGGCGCGAACGUUGGUGUGUAUAGCGACAGCGCUCCUAGUGGGAGUAACAUUUUAUGACGUUGGGAGCAGUGCUGCCAAAUUGCUGUCCAAUACAUCGAUAAUAGUGGUUAUUAUGUUUCUGAUAUACUUUGUGACGUUGUUUGCCGCAAUUCUGACAUAUCCCCUCGAGUCAGCAGCCUUCAUUCGGGAGCACAAAAACAACUGGUACGCACUGACGCCUUACUACAUCUCGAAACUGCUCGUCGAAAUGCCCUCAUUGAUUUUCUCCACGUCAGCAGCCAUCUUUAUCAUCUACUAUCUAACCUCGCAACCGUUGGAUUGGUACCGAGUUCUAGCCAUCUGGGCAACGGCCAUCCUUUCCGGUUGGAUAACGCUGGUCCUCGGCUUGGCCCUGGGAGCACUUUUCCCCGUCAAUGAGGCCAUCCUGCACGCCAUUCUCGUGAUUAUUCUGACCACUUUGUUUUCCGGAUUCUUCAUCGUGUUGGACCAAAUGGCCUGGUACAUGAAGCCGCUGUCCUAUCUUUCCUUUGUCCGGUACAGCUUCGAAUCGGCGGUUCACAUCUUCUAUGGCUUCGGACGCCAGAGUGUCCCCUGCCCGGAAACGUUCUGCUAUUUCACUCUAAAGAAAUUCCUUAAACUGGUAGCCAUGCCAGAACUUGCCUGGGGCUACGAUAUUCUAGGAUUAGUCGUCUGGGGUCUGGCCAUGCAAAUCUUGCUUUACGUUAGCCUACUGAAGCGAAUCAAACAGGACGUGUAGCGAUAAUUUGAACGUCAACAGUG